AGCGCGCGGGCUGCUCCCCUGCGGCGGGCACAGCGCGAGGCGCCGCGAGCUCGCCGGCCGCCGGGCAGGCUCGCGCUCUGGCCGCCUCCGCCGCCGCCAUGUCCGCCAUCAUCGAGCAGGAGUUCCAGGAGAUCGAUGGCACCAACGACUGGCAGGCGCGCUAUCUGGAAAUUCGGCAUAAAUCCAGUGACUACCCUCAUAGAGUUGCAAAAUACCCAGAAAACAGAAAUCGAAACAGAUACAGAGAUGUUAGUCCAUAUGAUCAUAGUCGUGUAAAACUGCAGAACACCGAGAAUGACUACAUCAAUGCCAGCCUAGUGGUCAUAGAAGAAGCUCAGAGAUACUAUAUUUUAACACAGGGUCCACUACCUAAUACAUGUUGUCAUUUUUGGCUAAUGGUAUGGCAACAACAAACCAAAGCAGUUGUCAUGCUGAACAGAAUUGUCGAAAAAGAAUCGGUGAAGUGUGCACAGUACUGGCCAACAAAAGAAGAGGAAGUUAUGACAUUCAGUGAAACAGGGUUCCGUGUGAGGCUAGUAUCGGAAGACGUCAAAUCCUAUUACACAGUACAUCUACUGCAAUUAGAAAAUAUCAACGUAAGCUUUUCUCUGCCGAGUGGUGAGUCCAGGAUGAUAUUUCAUUUUCAUUAUACUACAUGGCCAGACUUUGGAGUUCCUGAGUCCCCAGCUUCAUUCCUGAACUUCCUGUUUAAAGUCAGAGAGUCUGGCUCCCUGAGUUCUGAACACGGACCUGCAGUAGUUCACUGCAGUGCAGGGAUAGGACGUUCUGGCACGUUUUCUUUAGUAGACACUUGUCUUGUUCUGAUGGAGAAAAAAGACCCAUUUUCUGUAGAUAUUAAGAAGGUAUUACUGGAUAUGAGAAAAUAUCGAAUGGGACUUAUUCAGACUCCUGAUCAACUAAGAUUUUCAUAUAUGGCUGUAAUAGAAGGAGCAAAAUUUAUAAUGGGGGAUUCAACUAUACAGAAACGGUGGAAGGAGCUCUCUAAGGAGGACCAAGCACCAACUUCUGAGCAGUCUCCUCCACACCCAACCAAAAUAACCAUGGAGAAGUACAAUGGGAACAGCAUAGCCCUGGAGAGCAAAGAUCAUAUGGAGAAAAUAAAUGCUGACCUGUCCACUAAAGUUCAAGAUAUCGCAGGUGAAAACAUCGAAAGUGCUGUCCGAAAACGACUGCGAGAGGAUCGAAAAGCUAAUACAGCACAGAAGCUGCAGCAGAUGAAGCAGAAGCUAAAUGAGACUGAAAGAAAAAGAAAAAGGUGGUUAUAUUGGAAACCUAUUCUCACUAAGAUUGGGUUUGGUACACUGAUUUUAGUUGGCGCUUUUUUUUGCUGGAAAAUAUAUUUUCAAGAACAUUCCUUGUAAGUAGACAGUAAGCCUGUCUACUUCAGCAGCUAAUUUUGCUGAAAGUUAAUGACUAGGGGUGUCACUUUAAGCAGUAAACUCCUUACACAUGGAGUGGGUACAGACUGUUACAUACAAUAGAGAAGUGAUGUAAACUUGAUCACAUGUCAACAUCUCAGGACUUUCCACUGCAGGUACUUACAAAAAUGAACUGCUGCCCCCCAAAAGAGUUGAUGUUUUUUGUUUAUAUGAGCAGGUACAAACUUGCUGCAACUGUUUAUACACUUUUUAAAAUGGUAUUCUACUGGAUCAUAAGCAAACUCUGAACCACAGAGGUUUAGCUACUGAAGGCUGCCUGGAUUUAAAUUUACAUGCCUGACAUAAGCAAUAAACAGUGUUGUAUCAUUUACAUUAUUAAUGCAAAGAAGUUAUCCUUAAAUGUGUGUAAUGUGUAAUGUAUUAGUGACAUGAACAUAAACAUUUUAUAUUCUUACAACCUAGGAUAAAUAUAUUUUAUAAUUGCAUAUUUAAUCUUUUUGUAGUUCACUGUACUUUUAAAAGCUCAGUUUGUACAAAUUUCUGAUCAAAAAGAAUUUGAUUUUGAAACUAAAUGUAAUUAUAAUUUGUGCAUGAAAAUAAUAGUGCAACCAUUCCCCAUAUUUUGACUCUCAAAUUUAUGAUGUGAGCAGCCAGGGGUCUGAUGAAGCACUUACCCAUUUCUGCUCUGUUGAUUUGCAUUCCUUAUUUAUUUUUUGUAGUUGUCAUUAUUUAAGUAAGGCUUGGAAAAUUUGAUAUAUUUUUUUUUAAGGCUUUUGAGAACUUAGCCCCCCUGGAAAGCAUACUGUUCAGUUGAUUAAUGUAUUCAGACUUCAACUGCUGUUUGAAGGCCAACAUUGUUAAAGUUCUGACAUUCCAUUAAAUGUGAAUCAUUGUUUUGUGUGUCUAUAGAUGUUGAUUGCUAGAAAGAGUAAAAUUCAUUCCUCAGUAAUAGGUGUAGAAAGCAAAUCAAAGGAAACUAUAGUUUGACUUCCUAGGGUGGUAUUAAUAGGAAACAAAUGUUGGUAGUAUUCUCCCAUAGCCAGUAUAUUCAGCUGUGUAAGCCACUUCACAAAGUCUAGAAUUGCUUUUCAGGUUCCCCAGCACUGUAUCAAAGAGGCACGACUUAAAACACUUAAUGACCAAUACUUUGGGAAUACCUACGCUGCAGUCACUUUAAAGUUACAGAGCAGUCCCAUUCCAUUAGUUAAACAGUAACACUUUCUAAACAGUAAGUCAAUACAAAUCACUUUCUGUGAUUUCUGUCUUUAAAUUCUCUUUGAAUGCAGAGACUGUAUGUGGCUUUAUGUAGCUUGCUGUCAGCCAAGUUGAGGCCUGGAUUUUAUUUAUUCAAGUAUUGCCUUGUUGGGUGACUUCAGAGAAGUCGUGUUUUCUCUCUUCAUUUUUCUAGCUUGUUUUAUGCUGGGUGUUUGGGUUUGGUGGGGUUUCUCCCACACACACACACCCACCCUUUGGGCCUUUUGUAAAGUACUGAUUGGAUUGACUGCUGAAAAAUACUAAAAGAGCUACAUAAUUAUUUUGCUCCUUCUCCAAAGGAUUUAACUUGAAAGGUUUCCAGGGCACACAAGCUUAGUAGUAGCAUACCAGGCAUGGGGCCCAAAUAGUGUGACGUUUACUACGCAAAGCUAAGUUGAGUUUACUCUUUUAAAUUCUCAUUUCACAAUAGCUAAUACUAUUUUGGACUGCACUGUUUAUAUAGUAAACACAUGCUUAAGGAUUCAGAUAAGCAAAACGAGUGUAGUUUCUUGGAACAUACGGUUCUGAAUUUGGGAAAUGGUGUGUUAGUAAAUGAGUACAAUUUGUCCUGUGGCUUUACUAACCAACUAUGCAGCUCUAAUAGCAAAAUGACUUACUGAUGGCUGUGACUCAGUACAGGCAGGCAGCUUACGUAUUUAAGACAUUUCAUAAUAGUUACUGUGGCAAAAGAUUCUUCUUUUUUUUUAAGUUGGGAAGACAGGUUUUUCUGUGUCAGCUAUAACUGAUAGUAGGUGUAGAUGUAUGUGCCUUAUAAAAGAUACUAUAGUUGUGAAAAAACACAUGGAAUGUAAUUGAAUGUUUUUAUAACAGAAAUAUUCCAGAUUCUAUGCUAAAUACUUCAAAGCAACUAAGGAAAAGGUGCAGGCAAAACCUUCACUGAGCACACACUGUCUAUUAUUGCCUUUCUGUUUGCAUGAGAAAAAUUUCCUGGGCCACCAGUAUCCUACACUGAGCUCUAACUGUGGCUUGUCAACUUGUCACUUGAAUCUCUUCCUGAUUCCAUUUUCUAAAUCCUGGCUUUUUUGAUCUCUUGAUCCUGAGCAGGCAUUCUUAUUUUGUGGGAGGGACAGGGCAGGAGGGUACCAUCUUACAUCAUCUUGCACUUCUUGAUGAAAUAAAGCAGGACUUGCACAUUCAACAGUUGAUCUGUAAAAAAUUGGUUUGGUUCCAUGAUCUAUUGAGAAUCUUAACUGUUAAGAAUUUAAGAACUAUGAACCAAUACAAGUUUUCAACAAUAUUACUUUGUACAGUGAAUUGUCCAUGACAGUAUGGGUUUGAGCAGAGACACUAAGCAUUAGAUCCUUUAGUACAUUCUAGGAGAUAAUUUGGAUAAAACUCUUUAUUCUGUGUCUGUCAGUAAUCCUUAACAACCAACAUCUGGAAGAAGCUAGUUCUCUUUUCUGCAAGCUGAGUCCAUGUGAUAAUUUGUUAUUCUGCAAGAUUAAACUUGCAGCAGUUUUACACAACUUGGAUGUUAAGUAAGAACAGACACAGGUCAAAAUGAGGAACUGUUGGUUCCAGUGACCUUUGUUGUAGGAAAUGCUUGAAGAAAGAGUAAAACUGAAGGAUGUGCCUUCUGACCCCUCUCCUGCCCACUCCUCCCCCAAGUUCUGACAAGCUUCUGGCUGGUCCUGUGCUGCUUCUAAAAUGCUGUUGCACUUGAUUCAAAGUGAUGGUGUGUUGGGUUUUGUCCCUCUGUUCUGGUCCAAAUAUUGGAUACAUAGUGGACUCCCUUGAACUUGAUUAAACCAUGUUUGACUCUAAGAUGAACACUUCUGUACAAAUUGUGCACAUUUUUAUUAAAAAAAUCACCAACCACAUUUGGACCUCUGUUUCAAAGGGUUUGCAGAUUUGGAAUUAGUCCUUUAGGUUUGCUGCUUAUGUUGAUCUUUGUGCAGGGGCAGUCCACUUAAAGUGAUGGUACAUCUGUAUUUUUCUUGAAAUAUUACUACAUUUCUUACUAGCAAAAUAAUUGAAUUCUGCGUGGAACAGCAAUUUGAAAAAAAAUAAAUUACAUAUUUAUUUUAUGGAAGAUGCUGCAAGUGAAACUUAGCUUAUUUUGUUCAGCCUUGAGUUAAAUGGUUUACUGAUACCAGUUUAUAUCCCACUGAGAAGGGAAGUGGUGUAAAUGUGUAUGCAUGUAUGUGUGGUUGGCUUGUGCGGGCGAUUUAAAAAGCCUGGAUAGCUUUAAGUUUCAUGAAUGUUAACCAGAUUUGUUUAGUUUGCUGUUUAGCGUUAUAGUUAAACCUGAGUCACCUAGAGGACUCCACAAGAAACUAAAUAAACGAAGACAAAACAGAGAGUCUUCUGCAUGGCCAAGUGGCUUCAGUCAGAGGAUGAAAUUUGUAAAGUUGACAUAACACACAGUAGUCUUCCUGGGCUUUUUUGUUUUCCCCCAGAGUUUUAGGUCAGUCUUUCAUUUUUAUGUAUGAAAAAUAAAUGUGUUGAAAAUUU